CGUGCCUGAGAACCGGGCCGGCCAGGCGGGCGAAUCGAGGGGAGGGACCCGUCUUACGGCAGCCCCAGCCGCGGGAUCCAACCCUCGCCUAGCAGCCCGGCAGCCGGACAUCCUCGCCCAGCGACGCGCCGGUCCUCCCUGGCCAUGCAAGGCGCAGCCCCAGCGGGGACAGACGAGCUCCGGGCAGGCGACGCGGCUCGGCCGGGGCUGCCUUCGAGCCGAGCGUGACGGCCGGGGAAACAAGCUGCGGGGACGGGCGGGCGCCUGUCGGAGCUGCUGAGGUCCCCGGAGCGCUCCGAACGCCGAAGGCUGCGGUGCGAGCAGGCGAGGAUGGGCUGAGGAUGGGCUGGCAGCCUCUGCCGUCGAGGAUGCUCUGGACCGGCGCCCUGCUCCUGCUGGCGGCGCUGGGGGGCGCGGGCGGGGCGCGCAGUUGCCCCCUCCAGCUGCGGGGCUGCAAGUGCGUGGGCGAGAGGCCGAAGGGCUUGGCCCCGGCCAGGAAGCGGGUCAGCUGCAGCGGCGAGGAGCUGAGGGAGCCGCCGGCUACGCGCUUGCUGCCCAACGAUACCGUCACCCUGAUUUUGAGCAAUAACAAAAUAACAACCCUGAAGAAUGGCACUUUUUUGGGACUCCAUGCUCUUGAAAAGUUAGACCUAAAGAACAAUUUGAUUAGCAUCAUUCAGCCUGGAGCUUUUCUGGGUCUUCAGGACCUGAAACGCUUGGAUCUCUCCAACAACCGCAUUGGCUGCUUCAACAUUGGCCUCUUGCAGGGACUGUCCAGCCUUAUCCGUCUGAACAUAUCAGGAAAUAUCUUCGCCAGCCUCCAGAGUGGAGUCUUUGAUGAGUUGCUGUCUCUGAAAGUUCUUGACUUUGCCACUGAAUACCUGACCUGUGACUGCCAUUUACGCUGGGUCCUAGCCUGGUCCAAAAGCCAUUCUGUCCAGGUAUCUGACAAGACGGUGUGUGUCUACCCCAGCAACUUGUAUGGGAAGCUACUACGAAACAUCAGAGAGAGCCAACUGCGCUGUGAAGGUUCCCCAGAGCUACAUACCCAUCAGCUAAUCCCCUCCCUGAGGCAAGUUGUCUUCCAAGGAGACCGACUCCCUUUCCAAUGUACAGCCACCUAUCUGGACAACAGCACACACAUCCUCUGGUACCACAACCGUGCCCUGGUGCAAGAAGAUGAACCUAGCGGCAUCAUCUUAGAGGACAGCCUCGUCCAUGAUUGCACUUUAAUCACAAGUGAGCUCAUCUUGUCCAACAUUCAUGUCUCAGCUAAUGGUGAAUGGGAAUGCACCAUCUUCACUGCCCAGGGCAACGUUAGCAAAAAGGUUGAGAUUGUUGUGCUGGAGACCUCAGCUUCGUACUGCCCACCUGAACGGGUUACCAACAACCGUGGAGACUUCAGGUGGCCACGGACCUUGGCUGGCAUCACUGCUUAUCAAUCCUGCCUCCAGUAUCCCUUCACUUCUGGGAAUGCAGGCUCUGGCCAUGAAAAGCAGGCAUGGAGACACUGCGACCGCACCGGUCACUGGGAAGAAGGAGACUAUUCACACUGCUUGUACACCAAUGACAUCACCCGUGUACUCUACACCUUUGUGCUGAUGCCUAUCAAUGCCUCAAAUGCACUAACCUUAGCCCAUCAGUUGCGGGUCUACACAGCUGAAGCUGCCAAUUUCUCAGAUAUGAUGGAUGUCAUCUAUGUGUCUCAGAUGAUUGAAAAAUUCACUGGUUACGUAGACCAGAUCAAACAGCUGGCUGACGUCAUUGUGGAGAUGGCAAGUAACAUGAUGCUGGUAGAUGACCAUGUUCUGUGGAUGGCCCAGAUUGAAGACAAAGCUUGUACCAGCAUAGUGCAUUCCUUGGAGAAGAUUGCGACUUAUGCUGUCAGCACCAACUCUCAGCAUAUGGCUGUGAAUUCCAGGAACAUCGCCUUUGAAGCCUACCUUAUCAUGCCAGAAAGUUAUCUGGGCAUGAGCUGCAUGGCUUUUCAGAAGCGUGAGAACCUUGGUAACCGUUCUCCACGACAGGAACGGUAUUCCGAAUCCUUGGCAGACCAGCAGUUGAAGUUCCGUUGCUCUACGGGCCGGCCAAACAUCUCCUUGGCCAGUUUCCACAUCAAGAACAGCAUUGCUCUGGCCUCCAUUCAGCUGCCUCUGGGCCUCUUCUCCCCACCAGUUCCCCACCAGCCCAUGCCCAUCACGUGUAAGCUUCAGUUCCUGGUGUUCCGCAAUGGGAAACUCUUCUGCAGCACUGGAAAUUCUUCGCACCUCGCUGAUGAUGGCAAGCGACGCAGCGUGGCCACUCCAGUGGUCUAUGCAAGCACACAUGGCUGUGGCGUAAGCAAUCUCACCGAGCCAGUCAUCAUAUCGUUGCGGCAUUUGGACCAGGGCACCGAUCGCACAGCCGCUUUCUGGGACUUUGACAUCUUGGGAGGUUAUGGCGGCUGGAGAGCAGAAGGUUGUCAGCUGAUCCUUCAGAAACCUAACUUCACCACUGUGAGCUGCCGACAUCUCAGCAACACUGCUGUGCUGAUGGAGCUGAGCAACUUCCUGCAUGACUCACUGAGUCCCGCUGAGGUGCUACAUCCUGUAAUUUACAGUUGCACGGCUCUCCUCCUCCUGUGCCUGUUUACCACCAUCAUCAUCUACAUCAUCAAUCACAGCAACAUUCAUAUUGCACAGAAGUGCUGGCAUAUGCUGCUAAAUCUUUGUUUCCACAUCGCCAUGACAUCGGCUGUGUUUGCAGGUGGCAUCACUCUCACCAACUACAUAGCCAUCUGCCAAGCUGUUGGCAUCAUUCUCCAUUAUUCUUCCUUGUCUACUCUUCUGUGGAUGGCAGUGAUGGCACGAGUGAUCUACAAGGCAUCCACUUGGAAGGCACCCCAACAGCAGGAAGGGGAACCAACUCAGCCUGCUCCUCGUCCAAUGCUACGGUUCUACCUGAUUGCUGGAGGGAUCCCCUUGAUCAUCUGCGGGAUUACAGCAGCAGUUCGUAUUGACAAUUAUGGAGACCAGGACUCGUACUGCUGGCUGGCUUGCCGACCAAGCAUUGGAGCAUUCUAUGUGCCUGCAGCUUUCAUUCUGCUCAUCACCUGGAUUUACUUCCUAUGUGCCGGAAUCAGUCUGCAAUGCCGAGCUAAGGAUCCCAAAGAAAUACCCAAACCCUUGGAAACAAGGCAGCGCUUUGGAGGUAGUAGCAACCUAUUAACUGAUUCAGGAUCGCUUUCAGUCACCCUGAAUUCCAGCCCCCACACUGCUGAUGUUGAUGGUGUGUAUUCUCUAGGGGUGCAACUCUGGGCCCUUGUCAUCACCCAUUUCCUAUACCUCACUCUAUGGGCAUUUGGAGCAAUGGCAGUAUCUCAGCGUUGGUUCCUCCUGAAAGUUGUCUUCAGUUGCCUCUAUGGAGUCACUGCUGGAGCUUUAGGAUUUUUCAUCUUUAUCUACCACUGUGCCCGGCGCAGAGAUGUACAGAGUUUAUGGUUUACCUGUUGUCCAUCUUACAGGAAUGCUUUACCUAUGCAGGCUUAUGGGCACAAUGGAGCAGGUGUUGAAGAUGGCUCACAGGUCUUCAUUGGCUGCAAUCCAGAAGUAGCUCAGUCCAUUAAGUCUUCAUCUUCCCCUAUCAGCACAAUUUCAACCCCAGGGCCCUGCAAACUCAACAAUUUGCAAGUGGCCCUUGCCCAGCCAGAUAGUAACCCUGUAACAACUGCCUGCUAUGAGGAAGCAGAGCCUUCUAACAGUAAGACUACCUCCUCAACCAGGUAUACGAACAAUCUCCAUGGGCGCACCAGGCAUCAUAAAAGCAGAACUAAACUCUAUCGUGAAGGGAAGCAUCAGCGCCUGAAGGCAAUGCGGGGACCUUCCUCAGAGCAUCCUACUAGUGAGAGUGGGAGCCUUCAGAACAGUCAUUCAGAGAGUUACCAAAGCAGCCGGAAUAGCCCUUUGAACAAUCAGAACCAAGGGAAAGUUGUGACUCUGGAAUCCACCCUGACGCAGUCGGACUUGAGUGAUGGCAGUGGUGGCCCCCAGUCUGCAGAUUUUGGCCGAGGCCAGAGGAGAAGCACCAGCAGAGACAACCUUAAGCAUCAGGCCAACCCCUCUGUAGAAAGAGAGACUAAGAGGCGCUCCUUCCCGCUCAAUGCAGCAAACCAGAAUGGGGUCCUGAAGGGCAGCAAGUAUGACAUUAAUCUCAGUGGUGCUGACAAUGCAAGCAGCAUGAAAACAGGUCUCUGGAAGAGUGAGACAACAGUGUAGGAAAGGGUCAAAGACCUCUGCAGCUGGAAUCCUAGAGCAAUACCAACUCAGGUAGGAAGCUGCAGGUUACCCUUGUAGCUACAGCCUACCAGACUCAGUGAAGAGAACACUCUUAUGCACUACAUAGGCCUAGAUAAUAUGGGAUGGGUAGGCAAGAACUAUGCUCCCCACCGAUCCUCCUGAGCAGAUGGAGUAAGGAGACUGUUCCUGUCCUGUCCUGUGAAUCACAGCGCAUUUCACUUAUAUAUUAGGUGAUGUUGCUGUUCUUUGUGCCAGGGAACAUUUUCCUCCAGAGAACGGGCAGAAAGCCACAAUCAGCCAAGGUGCCAAAGUUGCAAAGCAAGAGACAAUCAUCUGUUCUUGUGAUUGUAUGGUCUCCCUUUUUCAUGUCCCUUUAUAUCCUUGAUAUUUCUGUACACCAUCCUGAGGAAGACAGUGAUCUAUAAGCUAAAACUUCUAAUACACUGUGUACAUAUGUAUAGGCAAAUUUGCUAUCCAUUGGAAAGUCUGUACGUGCUUUAUGCACAAUAACUCAUGUUGUGUGAGACAAGGGAAGUCAUCUUCCCAGUCAUUCAAAGCUAUGCAUAUAUCUAGUUUUGAUUUUGAUAAAUCUAAUGAAUGAUUGUAGAGUUGUCAAGGAAAAAGCCACAAGACAGAAUGAGGUGCACUAUUAAUUGUCCAAAGGUGCAUACUUAGGUGACAAUCCUUAGUCUUCUUUAGUCUUUCUUAAGGGACUCGGGGAGAAUAUGAUUUUUUGGGGCAUCAUUGCUCAAAGAUGCUUAAGAUAUGCAAAACAUCAAGAGCUCAGAACAAUUUUCAACUUUGGAGUGGCUUGUUCAGAUUUUACCAGAAUGCUGCUCUAUAAGAGUUUUUGAUUCAGAAGAGACGUUUCAGGGUUGAAAUACCUCUAGAGCAGUGGUUCCCAAACUUGGCAACUUUAAGACUUGUGGACUUCAACUCCCAGAAUUCUCCAGCCAGCAGAGCAAAGUCUUAAAGUUGCCAAGUUUGGGAACCACUGCUCUAGAGCAAAUAUUUCAGAUAAUGUUCAGAAACAGCUAUUCUGAGCUUGACAUGUUUUGCAUAAAAUCUUUUUAAUAGCACUUUCAAGCAGAAGCUAUCAACAAGCCCACCUUUCAAGUUACCUGCUGUGGAACUGAAUUGGAAUAGAUUACCAGUUUGGGUCCUCAUUGCUAAGGGUCUUGGUGCCCAUUUGCCACACCGCUGCUAAACAGGCCUGAAGGCUGACUUCCAACUUUGGAUGUUAGGCAGGGAACAGACUGAACUAAAACUCAGACAGUUCUAUCCUUUUCUGUAAUUCCAAGUCAAGUCACUCCUCACGUUCAAACUUGGAAGUAAGCCUUGAGGCCUGUUUAACAGUUGUGUGGAAAAUAUGCCCCAUGAAGCCUCAUUAAAGGCAUGACGCAGCUAACAUAGAAGCCUCUGAAAUACAUGAAGCUGCUGCACUGUUUAAUUAGUAAGCUUGAUCCAUUGAAAAAAAUGACACACAAUUUAAUUGUUCUUACCUAGGGAUAAGCAAAGCCCAGCGCUUACAAGAGUGGGAUGUUUUAAUUUAACAGAUUAAAAAUGGCAACAAAUUUAUUAUGGGCGGUUAUAAAAACUCCAGAGGGCAGCCCUGCAUCUUAACUCAUGGAUUCCCUCUCCCGUAAGAGAGAUUUUCCUCUGUCUAAAAGUAAAGCAGUGUGUUUCUUGCUUUAAAAAUAGUUUUUUCCCCCCAUGUGCACAUCAAUCAUUUUAUUAAAGCUAAUUAUUUAGUUAACCAUAUUUUUUUUAAAGAAAUCCCAUCACCCCUCACUAUAUGAAGGAAAGCAUGUGCAUCAGCAAACAGGGAAAAAAGAAUCAUAAAAAGAAGUUUAGAAUAGAGUUAAAAUUGCAAAGAAAAAAGCCUUACAGGCUUCAAUGACAUUAAUCCUUUAAGGAUUUGGAAAGCUCUGAAAUAUUGUUUUUAAGCACCUUGGGUACACUCCCUUUAUCUUUAUGUAUGUGUGACAUUACGUUAAAAAAUAAGGCCUCUUUGCAAUACAGUAACCGUUUCACAGAAUUGUGCAGCAAUCCCCAGAUUGAAUCUGUUGUGUCAGAAAUGAGCUGAAUGAAGAAGGCAUUGUGAUCCUUUCUCGAAGGCAGUUUCCAGAAAUAUUGGAAAGAAUCUUAUUAUUAUUAUUCUGUUUGCUGGCAUUUUAAUUACUCUGCAUCCAAUAGUAUAGGGACACUGCUUACAUACCACAUGCCACAUUCAAGAAUAAAUCCCUCCUGUAGAUAUGAAA